UGUAUCUCUGUCGGAUGUAUAGAAAUAAAAUCGAAACAACUUUUAAAGGAUCGGAAUUUGUCGAAGAGAUGGAGGAACAAAUUUCAAACGCUGAAACAGAGCGCCACUUAAUGGAAGGGGAAGCUACUGUUGUUUUGGACAAGAUCAAACUACGUGAAGUUAUUGCUAAUGGCUCAUUAGACUUUGAUGAGUGGACUUCACUUAUAGUAGAGAUUGAGAAAACUUAUCCUGAAAAUAUAGAAACAAUAUGCUUAGUGUAUGACGCUUUCUUGUCUGAGUUUCCUCUGUGCUGUGUUUAUUGGAGGAAGUAUGUUAAUCACAAGAUACGCUUGUGCACUAUUGACAAGGUUCUUGAAGUCUUUGAGCGAGCUGUGUCAUUGGCAACUUAUUCUGUUGAUGUGUGGGUUGACUACUGUAAUUUUGGGAGAGCAGUUUUUGAAGAUCCAUCUGAUGUUCGCAGAUUGUUCAAAAGAGCCUUAUCCUUUGUUGGAAAGGAUUAUUUAUGCCAUACCUUGUGGGAUAAAUACAUUGAGUUUGAGUUCUCUCUUAAGCAUUGGAGCUUCCUAGCUGACAUUUACAUUCAAACAUUGAGGUUUCCAACCAAGAAGUUGCAUCGAUAUUAUGAUAGUUUUAAAAAGUUGGUGGAAAUAUGGAAAGACGAAAUGGAAUCUCAUGGGCUUUUGAACACGACAAUAUCAGUAGAACCCAUGCUUGAUAGUGAAGCUUCUAUAUGUUCUAACCAAGAUGACAUUUCCUGCAUCAUUAAGGACCUGCUAGAUCCGUCUGCUGGCUUAGAAAGGUCAAAAGCACUUCGGAGAUAUAUAUCUGUUGGAGAACAGUUUUUUCAUGAAGCAUCUCAGUUAAAUGAAAAUAUAAGUUGCUAUGAAACUCGUAUUAAGAGAUCUUAUUUCCAUGUCAAGCCACUUGAUGUCAAUCAAUUGGAAAACUGGCAUCACUAUCUGGACUUUGCUGAGUCGCAUGGAGAUUUCGACUGGGCUGUUAGACUUUACGAAAGAUGCUUAAUCCCUUGUGCUAAUUAUCCGGACUUCUGGAUGCGUUAUGUGGAGUUCAUGGAAAGUAAGGGAGGAAGAGAGAUAGCGAACUUUGCACUGGACCGAGUGACACAAAACUUUCUGAAGAGGGUGUCAGUGAUUCAUCUGUUCAAUGCCAGGUUUAAGGAGCACGUAGGAGAUGUGCCUAGUGCCCGUUCUGCCUUUCUUCAAUGCAACAAUGAAUCAGAUUCAGAAUUUGUUGAAAAUGUUGUAAUGAGAGCUAACAUGGAAAAGCGCAUAGGGAAUUUCAUAGCAGCUUCUAAUAUAUACGAAGAAGCACUGGGAAUGGCUACAGUGAAGGAAAAGUGGCAUGUUCUUCCUAUUUUGUAUGUUAACUUUUCUCGACUUAAAUACAUGAAUACUGAUGGUGAAGAUGCUGCCAGAGAUAUCUUGAUAGAUGGAAUCAAGCAUGCGCCUUACAGUAAAUUACUUAUAGAGGAGUUAAUAAAAUUUGCAAUUUCACAUGGAGGGAUAAGGCAUAUGAACAUGGUAGAUACCAUUGUAGCAAAUGCUAUAUCUCCACGACCAAGUGUAUCUCUAGGUUUGAGUGCGAAAGAUGGGGAGGAAAUAUCAAAACUCUAUCUAGAGUUUGUUGAUCUAUGUGGAUCUAUCCAUGAUGUAAGAAAGGCAUGGAAUCGGCACAUCAGAUUGUUCCCACAGUCUGUAAGGGCUACUUUGUUUCAUCCUGCUACAGGAACAAAACAAUGGAAAAUAGUUAUGGAGGCACAAGCAGAAAGCCCUGUCAGACUGGAUUUUCAUCCUUCUGGAGAUGGCAGUUCUGACUGCCUGAUGCAGUCAUCAGUACAGGAGGAAAAACUGUCCUCACCCAAAAGUCAUGAUACCAAGGCUGCCCAUCCUCCCACUGACCAGGUGUCAGACCAGAAAUCACGACUGGAGGGAAAACAAGAUAUAAUAUGUGACCAGGUACCUUUCCAGGAGCCAGCAUUGCUGGAAAUUGUAAAGGAGUUAUCAGAAACUGAUCAGGCGAUUGUACAUCAGACAAAAGUUGAACUGCAUCAGUCUGGAGAAUCUGACAAGAAUGUAAAUGAGAUUGUGGAUCAAGGGUCUCUCGAUGUGCUAGAGCUGUCUGAGAAAGAUGUUCUUGAAUCAAAUCCAUCUCUUGAUUUGAAACAUCAAGCUGCUAAUGAUUCAGAAAUUACUCCACCCUCUAUGGAAUUUCCUAAGGAAUAUGAUGUUCAGAUAGAGUAUGACCAUGAACCUGAACUGGAUUUGAAGCCGCCUUCACUGGAGCAACUUUCCUUGAAUAAUGAGAAUGCCAAAUCUCCAGAUUCUAUCAGUCCUGCAUCUUGUGAUUCUGGAGCUCAUCGGGAAAUUAGCUUGUCUGAUGGAAGUAUGCCAAAUAAUGAAGCUCCUCAGAAAAAUAGUAUGUCACAUGAAAAUAUGUCAGAGUGUGGCCAGAAUGCUGAUGAUGAUCGUAUUACAUCGAGCCCAGGGAGCAGUCAAGCAGCUGUGUCUGCCCAAACAAAUAUUGGAUAUGUCAGUCCUACAUCUUCUGCAAGCUAUCAGAACAAGGCACAGGCACUUCUGCAACCACAGAAAAUGGCAGAUGAUGGUAGAAACUGGCAUCAAAAGAAUAAUCCUGACAGAUCUCGCCGAGAUUCCAAACUUGGGUUUCGUGGGCAUUCUCAUAAAAGACAGCAAAAACAGGGUCAGUCUUCUCCACAAAGAACACGCAUGCGAGAUGAAAAAGAACCUCAAAUUCACAUGAAUGAAGAUUAUGCAUCUCAACCUUGGUCUUUACGAGAUCUGCAAGUUCAGCAAGCUGGCCAAGUACAAAGUUGGUAUCCAGCAUCUACUGUUCAUAUUAAUCAAACUACACCUCAAGCUUGGCCAGUGUAUAAUAUGCAACAGCAAAGUAUUUCCCCUGCAUGUCAGUCUCAACCACCUGUACAACCUGCUGCAUAUCCUCAACCACAGAUGACUCAACAUCCCAUACAAAGUAGUGAGCAACCCUGUAAUGCACAAAAUAACCAAGCGUAUAACCAAAUGUGGCAACAUUAUUACUACCAGCAGCAACAGCAGCUUCUUUGGCAACAACAGCAGCUCCUGAAACACCAACAGCCAAACAAACAGCAGCUCUUGCAACAAUAUCAACAGCAGUUCCGGCAACAACAAUAUCAACAGCAGUUGAUACAAAUGCAGCAACAACAGCAAGGACAACAGCUGCAACCACAGCAGCAGCAGCAGCAACAAGUGCAACAACUCCAGCAACAACAAGGACAACUGCAACAGCAACAAGCCUAUCAAUUGCAGCAACAAUCCUAUCAGCAGCAGCAGCAUCUACUCUAUCUUCAGCAUCAACAGCAAGUGCAACAACAGCAGUUAUUGCUACAACAGCAACACUUUCACCAGCAACAAACAGCCUUACCACAACAGCAUCCACAUGAACAAGGACAAGACCAAGAAUUGCCCAAGAAGCAAAAUAACACAUCACAGGUUCAGAGAGCCAAUACCACAUGGUUAAUUAUCUGUUGAAGGUUAUAUCUUCAUCCCUUUCUAUCGAUUGCUAGACCUGUUAAGAAAGGCCAAAAGUCUGGGAUGGAAGGUUGACACUUGGCACAAGAAGUGGAGUAAUAAGAUGUUUUUUCCCCCUUUUUUCGUGAAUUCGCUUCCUGUCUUGUUAAUGUCUUCCAGAGGAUAACUCAGUGGAAUCAGGUCGAUGACUGUUCUUUCUAAACUGGUGAAACUAGGCCGUCAUGUUUCCCCAUCAGAAUAACUGGCUAUGAUGUCAACUUUCAAUUCAUGUAAUUCGAAAGUAACUUCCAGUUUAUGCAACUCCAGACUUUAUCUUUACAUGCAUGGCAUUUAGACUCACCAUAAACCAUGCUAGUGGGGAAGCUGUAUUGAAUUCUUUUUUUAUUUUUUUUUUAAGGAUAAAAAUCAAUAACAUUAAGAAAAUAAGAAUGAAACACAAUCAGGAAUAAAUCUCGUUGUUUGAGACUAGCA